AUGUUGCGUAAGAGUGUUUCUAGAGAAGGAAACCAACCCCUGGAUCUAACCCGUCUUCCUACAAGUAAACCAAUUGAAGGCAUGUUUGCCAAAUAUCUGGGAAUCGUGUCUUUACUACUUGCCUCGCUGUCCUGUGAAGCUUUGCUAGAUCUGAAAGCAGGCAGUGCUGUCAAAGUAGCCUUGCUAGAUGCGGUGGCACAAAUACUCUAUCUUGCCGAAAAACCUGGAUCAGGGGAUCUACCCGCGUUAAUUCAUGGCAGUGUUUCAACGACAGCCUCCUUGGGUCUUCAUUCAGAAUCUGGGAUACGCAGUUUCGGCAUCACCAACGAGCAGGUCAUACAAGUUGAACGAGCUAUGUGGAUGCUCUACUACAUUGACAAAUCUGCGCUUCAAGCUACGGGCCCGCCUAUGGACAUACGGGUACGGUCUCAGUACUCCAAAAUCUGUUUGAAUAUCCUCGAAUUAUCUGGAUCUGCAAAAGACCUGACACCUCAAGAUCUCCUCGACAGAAUCAUGGCGCUCUCAACAGCUCUUGAAGAAUGGCAGAAGUCUGAUGAAACCAGCCAAAUGACACUCUCUCUAGGACGCGAAGCUACUAAAUAUGUCAAGUUCCAGCCCUUCAAAUUGCUCCAGCGAUCCAUCCAGGAGAUAAUCACAUAUUCCAACACAACAUCGCCUACAUCUCUUCUACAGGAUUGGAACCACGUAUAUACUGACUGCCUUUCUUUAUGUUCCCUUUCACUGGACAUCCUCUCAGAAUCAGACCGGGGCUACGAAAACCAGAACCAAGCUUUACUAAAUAUCAGCAGUGGAUUCUUUGCUAGGAGAAGCAUGACAAUACCCCAUGGCUCUUGA